AUGCCAUUCAUACCACCAGUGUCGAUUGCACGCUCUGUGUCAGGCCUGACUGGGAAGGAGAGGCCUAUCAGCAGCACUUUAUCUGCAGCUAGUGUGGCAAAAACUAAAGUUUCAAGAGAAGACAAAAGCAGCUCAGUGAAGGAGCGACUGACUUUAAACUUGAAGCAACUGGGGAAGAAGAAUCAACCAAGGAGUCAUCUACCCACAACUAAAGGACUGUCAGGGGCAGAGCUGUAUACAAAGAGAAGGGACCGCUUGUUGCCCUCGUCACAAACAGACAGCUCCCCUGCCUCCAGCUCGGGGGAGUCUCUGUGUAAGACACAGCAGCGCAAACAUGUGAGCCACGGCUCUGUCAAGGCUGAACAGGAGCUGAAGAUGAGGAGCAGGGAUCAAGAGGAGGCCCGUUUCACGCUGACUCUCACACCGGAGGCUGUUCUGCUGCUGCAGCGUAGGAACAGCGAGAGGCAUCAACGUUCAGCUGCCAGAAAUGCUGGAGGUGGAGCCGGUGCUUCCGGAAGUGCAACAGAUUCCCGACGCAGGAGGGAAAAUGUCUCUAAAAGGCAUCAACCAGCGACACAGAGAAACGGAACUCUAAAUAGCAGAACUGCUGCUAAAAACAAUGCUGAUGCUGAACUGGGUGACAUCAGCUCAAUUUUGAAAAUCUCACUGUUGAAUGAGCAACAUAAGUACGAUGAUGUGGAGUACGAGGAAGAGGACUACUCUGUGGAUGAACGUGUGGUGCUGAAAUGUACUGAGUGGCUCCGUGGGCUGGAAAACACUCCGGUAACAGUGGGAAACAGCCUGCAUAAGAGUGCAAGCAGUGUGAAAAGUUUCUGA